CCCCUACUCAGGAAGCAUAACUUGGCUUUUUGAACCAAGAGAAAUAAUACUGUUUUCCACUCUUGAGUUUGCGCCAUUGAGUUGCUUCACAGCUUAAAUUGGUCCAGAAACAAAGGUACCCUAGUGUUCUUUUCCGUUCAGGUUUUCAGUUUCUGACUUACACCUGAAGUCUUAGUUUUCGAUCAGAGAGAGAGAGAGAGAGAGAAACGAAAGGAAGGAGAGCAUGGAUGAGAAGAGUGAUGUUGAUAGGAUAGACGAUGUCAUGUUACCGGGGUUCAGAUUCCACCCGACAGAUGAGGAGCUUGUCGGGUUCUACUUGAAGAAGAAGAUUCAGCAGCGGCCUCUUCCUAUUGAACUGAUUAAGCAAGUGGACAUCUAUAAGUAUGAUCCAUGGGAUCUUCCAAAGCUGGCAGCUACCGGUGAGAAAGAAUGGUACUUCUACUGCCCAAGGGACCGUAAAUACAGGAACAGUGCACGGCCAAACCGUGUCACAGGAGCUGGUUUUUGGAAGGCCACCGGAACAGACCGGCCAAUUUACGCCUCUGAUAGCACCAAGUGCAUUGGUCUCAAGAAGUCCCUGGUUUUCUACAGGGGUAGAGCUGCCAAAGGACUCAAAACUGACUGGAUGAUGCACGAGUUUCGACUGCCUUCUAUCUCUGACUCGGCAUCACCUAAGAAACUUUUCGACAAAAACAUUCCUGCAAAUGAGGCAUGGGCGAUUUGCAGGAUAUUCAAGAAAACCAACUCUAUGGCACAAAGAGCACUUUCUCAUUCUUGGGUAUCCCCAAUACCAGAAACUACAGCAUCUGAUAUACUGAACUUCGGACCGCACUCUACUCAUUUAAGUUCGGAGACCCUCUUUUCUUGCACAACUGACAUUGGAUCAGCCUCCCAGUUAUGCAAUACCUAUGACUUACAGCAGGUCUCUACUGCCGGUUUUUCGCCUAUGGAUGUCCCCUCCUAUAAACCCAUGAAUCCAACAGUUACCAAAACAUCUCCCUUUCCCACAGGCUUAUUUUCACCUCAAGAAAUGUCAGAACUCACCACCAAGAACACACAUGGUUUUUCCUCCAUAUUUUGCAACCUACCACCUGCUAUAAUAGGGGAUGUUAGCAAAAACUGCGGGAGUAUAGACUUUCAGGAGCCACAACGACAGUUGAAUGGUUUCUCUAUUAGUUCACAAGAUAUGCAGGGCAGCAUAGGCGGUUUAGAGGAUGAUCUGGGACUAAGGAAAUAUUCAAGUGAAGGCCAUGAUAGUAACGGAUGGGGAAACAUCCGAUCAUUUGUCUUUCCUUUCAGUUUGCCAUCGGAUCUUCCUGACGAAUGGAAGCCAAGUCUUCAAUGGGAUUCACCCCCUUGUCCCAGUGAGAUGUCCACCACUUACCAUGAGUAAACGGUAUACUCAAUUGAAUCGAUACACAGGGUAGGUAGUUUACAUCUCACUUUAGAUCAAGUAAGUAGGGGCUAGCAUCGAGACAUAUUCUGUUUACGGUCUUAGCAUCGAAGACCUAUUCUGUUUACAGUCUUAGUCUUAGUAACGGAUGGGGAAACAUCCGAUCAUUUGUCUUUCCAUUCAGUUUGCCAUCAGAUCUUGCUGAUGAAUGGAAGCCAAGUCUUCCGAGUGAGAUGUCCACUACUUACCAUGAGUGAAUGGCAUCCUAAAUUGAAUCGAUAUACCGGGUAAGUAGUUUACAUCUCGCUUUGGAUUAAGUAAAAUAGGGGCUUGCAUCGAAGACGUAUUCUGUUUAGUCUUAGUGUACAGUUUCCUGUAUUACGAUCAAUCAACAUGUACUUAAAGCGAAGAUGUACUGU